UCGCUGUAAGCGCCGGGGCUGGCCUGUGCGCUUGGGAACUGCUUCCACCCUUCAGAGCUGCAAUUGGUCAGGGGGCAAUGAAACCAAGCGUGUGACCUGUCUGCGGCCCCUGCAGGUCUGUCGAGCAGAGCGGUCGUCUGAGCCUGUGAUUUGCUACGUGGUUUGUGAAAGUGUGAUGCAAGCGUCGAUGUGCGGGAUGCUGCACCUGCUGAAAGAACCAGGCGGCGUAGAAAUAGUUUUGCGGAGUAAACCUGAGACAAGCGUAUGAGGUGAUGGCCUUUGGAGACGAAGUGAUUGACAAAAGACGCUACCGGUGCGAAUGCUGCCGGGAAUAGAAUUGAGGCGAGGUGCUGAUGCAGGCGAGCUGUGCAGCUGAUCUCAUGGGAUUGUUAGCCAUUUUAUGUAUCGCAUCCAGCCGCUCUAUGAUCUCUAUGCUUUGUGUGGACGUGUCGCGCGCUUCCAUUUGCUGCCGUCUUUACGCCUCCUGGCCGCUGCAAAGCCAGCCGUUGAACCACUGUGAUGGCUCUCUCUGGUUCGCCCUUGAGCGCGCGCCUCUCAACGCCAGCGGCACGCCCAUAGGCCGUGCGGGAGACAACUCUCGGGGCUACCUGACAGGCUCAUGUACCUUGAGCACAUCUUCCUUGAAACUGCAAUGUACCGCGUUCACCCCUGCCGUUCGCUGCAACAAUGGCUAUCUUGGCCGGAUGAAGCGCCAUACUUCCUCGUUGCCAUGUGCGAUAGAUCAUGGCCGUUCCAGGUUCGUUGCACAGCUUGCAUUGCAACAGCUGCCAGCCAAUGAGAAACUCUAUCGCGUACGACUCGAGCCACGCGUAACGACUGCGAACUGCAUGGUAGAAGCGUGCGAGAUGUAUGACAGGACUGUCAAGGUUCAGUGUAGCUAAGUAUAGUCACGAUUUGGCUUUCAUCGAGACG